CGUUUGUUUUGAUUUUUUUUUUUUCGAUUUUGUAAAAAAAAUAUGAUAACGCUGGUCCGUUCGAACGGACCAGCGUUAUCACUCGGACAAAAAGACUGGGCGCCACAACAGAAGAGUAUCAUCAAAAUUCAAAAUGGCGGAAAUUCGUCUCUCGGCACGUGCCAAGUGGCUCAAGUGAAUGGCGUUUUCUGCUCAUAAUAAUGACUGGAAAAGUGAUCACCACCUUGGACGAGAUUUACAGAAAUAUGUGUCACAAAACCUAAAGAGAUCAGAAAUUCUUGACUUUGUUAAGCGUGACUAUCAGCAUUAUAACUGGAGUUUGCCAACGCUCGAUCGAAGACUUCGUCACUUCAAUGUGUACUACAUUGAGCAUGAUACUUCUAUUGAAGAAGUUGAAGAAGCUGUUGAAAAGGAACUACAGGGACCCGGAAAACUCUUAGGGUAUAGAGCAYUGAACCAGAAGCUAAGAACCGAGCACGACAUUAAAGUACCAAGGCACCUUGUGUAUAAUGUUAUGACAGAAUUGGAUCCGGAAGGCAUGGAAGCUAGAAAUUUGAAAAGGAAGAAGAGAAAARCUAAGGGGCAUUUCACAUCAGAAGGGCCAUUAUGGGUAAUAUCACUUGACGGCCACGAUAAACUAUGRGGAUAUCAAAAUAGUACAUUCCCUUUAGGAGUUUAUGGGUGUAUUGAUACUUUCUCAAGGAAGAUUCUUUACUUGUUUGUCUGCUAUUCAAAUUCUGACCCUGUUAUAAUUGGAAAAAUGUAUUUGAAAUACCUUCACGGUUCUAAAACUCUUCCUAGGCAUCUCAGAGUUGACCGAGGAACAGAAACAGGUAAAAUGGCCACCAUACAUGCCUACCUUYUCAACCAGCUUGAAGUUGUGGAUGAUCCUACAGAUGCUAUUAUUUAUGGCCCAUCAACUAMUAACAAAAUUGAGAGGUGGUGGAGGGACCUACAUGAACGUUUGGAGAGAUUMUUUAAAGAACAGCUUCUGACCUUGUUMAGAGGGAGAGAYUAUGACCCCCACAWUUUUUUWCAKAGACAAAUUCUUGCAUAUGUCUAUAUUCCAGUUAUUCAAAGAGAGUGUGACAUCUUUGUCCAAAACUGGAAUACACACAGAAUUCGUGAGCAAAAAAGUCUAGAUCUUCCCACAGGAAUUCCUGAUCACAUAUUCUCCUUUCCUGAGCAAUAUGGGGGACGUAACAUGGGUAUAACCCUAUCAGUGGAUCAGAUAGAAGAUGUUGCCGGUGUUUCUGGUGUAAUGGGUGUUGGUCUUUUUGACUUUAUGAGUGCUAAAGUAAAGCAAGAAUGUUUGCAUCACAUUCCAGAUCCAUCUACCAUAGAAUCUAAAAAUGCUAUUCAUGCAUUURGUUUCUUCAAAACAAAUGUAAGCACCUCUUGAUAUUUGCUAUAAUCUACGCUAUUGUCGGCUGUUCUUUAUGACUAUAAAUAUUUAAAGGCCAUUGCUAAUUACCAUAGACAAACCAAGGCUUUUCUCGUUACUUAGAUUUUAGACAUUAAAAUUGUCAACAAGAUUUUUGAGGAUUGACAUCAUCUUUUUAAAUGAGCGACCUUUAUGAAUGGUCAGUAAUUUUUGUUAUUUGAACAUUCUACUACUUUKAUAUUAGUGWAAUAAAAACAAUACCAGAUCAUACAUGUUGCUACAGUGUAACCAACCCAUUAUCUGUGAGAAGUUCAUGCUUUGUUAUAAUAAACCAUGUUGUUGCUGAUGCAACAUGAGGA